AUGACAAGCAGUGAACAGUUACCAGAAGUGUUGAUCGAGAACAGAUACCCAGAGGAGUACAAGAAGCAUCUCGGUGCUUAUGAGCAAGAGUUCACCAAGAAGUAUCAGUUCAUCAAAGAGUCCAAUGCUAAGAAGGUUGAGCUGCGUGCCUACCAAGAUAUACUCGAUGACUGUUUCUGGACACAGAAGCAGAACUUUAUGAAGAACUGUAGAACGAUUGCAUUGGAGUACUUGGAGCUGUUGAAGUACCCUAACCAGCACAAGAUGAGACAUGAUGCAUCAUCCUUGACGAACACCAGCUGCAGCGAGCACAGGUCAGGUCAGGUCAGGUCGAUCGAUUAG